UUUUUUUUUGUUUUUUCUUUUUUUCCAUUAAAGGUUUUGAAUGCAAAAGAUGGCACUUAAUUUUAAAUUACAAUUAGCCGAGAAUUCAGCUCACAACAUCUUUCGUCGAGGCACACUUUCGUUUACGAAGAAGAACCAUGUGAUUCAAACACCUGCUUGCAUGACUUACACCUUGCGUGGUGCAGUACCUCAUCUUUUGGCGGAUAACCUCAAACUUUUACCCAUUGAACUUGUGCAAGUUUCCUUAGAGCAAUUGUAAGUUUUGUCUCAGUUUUAUUAUUAUUUCAGCAUGAACUGAUGUCAAACUGGGGUGGUUGUAGUUUAGAACAAAGAGACCCUUCUUCCUUCAAGUAUCCUCAUGGUCUUCAUAAAUAUUUACAUCUCGAGGACAAUCUUUUAUUUUGUGAUAUUCGUGAUCCUCUCAAGAUCUCACCUGUAUCCUUCAACACAGACAAGUACCUGUCUGUCCAAACGCACGGCGGUGUCCGUCGUGUGACACCAGAUCUUUGGGCCGAAGCUUUAGGUAUUUACCGUCCUGAUCUCACAGCCACCAUGUCAGACACCAUUACCGAUUUAGACGCACAGACCAAACGUAUCAAGAAAUCCGUCGAUCGUUCAUUACGCUGGUUAGAUGAGAAUUUGGUUAAAGCAAAGGAAUUCGAUGUUCCUGUCUUUGCUCACGUCAUGGGUCAUACUGAUUUGGAGGAACGUGCUCGUUCUGCCACUGCCACCGCUGAACGCGAUGUCCAAGGCUUUAUUGUGAAUGUAUUGGGUUUGGACAGAGAAACAGUGGGAUCACAAGUGAAGGCAUCUACCAGUAACUUACCCGAGGACAAACCACGCGUUGCAUAUGGAUUAUCUUCCCCCGAAGGUAUAUUGGAGGGAAUCACAAACGGAGUGGAUUUAUUUGACGGUAGUUAUGCAUACAAGGCAACGGAAAAGGGACGUGCCAUCAUAAUCAAGUUCGGACAAGAAUUAGAGGAACCACAGACACAAGAAAACCAACCCAAGACAUUAAACUUAUGGAACACCGAAUUAGCACAUGCUUUUGAACCCUUGGAUGUGACUUGUGGAUGCGAUGCCUGUUCAAGACCUCAUACGAAAGCCUACAUUCAUCAUUUAUUGAACGCACAUGAAAUGCUGGGCCCUAUUUUAUUGAUGAGCCACAACAUUUACCAAUUAGAUAAAUUCAUGCAAUCGAUACGUACCAGUAUUGAAAAGGGUAGCUUUCAACAAGACAUGGACGUGUUUAUGAAGCAUUAUAGUCAUUUGAAGGAAGGUGAUGGUAUGAAGAACCACGAAGAUGAAGUGGAUACCGAAUCAUUGGGUGUUCAUUUAAAGAAAAAGAGAACUUUGAAGCUUUAAUAAAAAAGAAAAGAGAGAGAAUUAUG